AUGGAGAUGGAGAUGGAGCGGAAAGGGGCAGAUCAUUCAGUUUCCAAAGAGGCUGACGUGCAGGUUCCCAAGUCAUCGGUGGAGCCCCCGGGGAUUCAGGAACUGAAAUCUCGUCCUCGCACCGUGGUCUCCCUGAAGCCAGGAAGGAGAGGGAGAGAGAGCAUGAAGCACAGCGAUCCUUCCCUCUACGGGCACAGGAACAGUGAGGCCGAGCAAUCUUCCGAUCGCAUCUUCUCUUCUUUUGAUCGGGAGCGGAGCAAGAUGUCGAGAUCCUGGGAUGCUUCAGGGGUGCAGGUGCAGGAUGUGAUCCCUCGCCGACGGAGUGCCGUCCACUUCAAGAGCGAGAAGCACGUGCGGGAGGCCCUCGUGGAGAUGAACAGGUAUCUCUUUGCCGCCUCCUCCUGCGUCAAGCCUCGUCGCCUCUGGUACAUGCCCACGGAGGAGCAGAUGGAGCAGCACGGGAUGACCGACCUGGUGCACGCGAUCAAGAUCUACCAUGGCGGGUUCGCGAGCGUCGCAAGAAGGUUCGGGAUGCGCAUCCAGGGACCAGCCACGCGCUCCAAGAUCUCGUGCGGCCUCACAAGUUUGAUCAGCGAGUCAGUUGAAGACAACGUCCUCCUCUUGGAGGAGGAAGCUGAUUGAUGGGUCCCGUUGGCUUCCCGGUGGCUAUCACGGCCUUCCGCAGGGGGAGCCCGAGUCUCGGCCGCGACUGCCGCUGAGUGUGGCAGCACCGUGAGGCUGCGCGAUAAACCGCGAUGGAAACUGAGCGUCAAGCGUGCCACGCCGUCCGAAGCUCUGUCUCCGUAUGGCCCGCCUGUGCCGCGUGCUCAGUUCAGUGCCCC